AUGAGAACACACAGCCACACCGAAGCAGAGCCCUGCACCCAUUCUAAGAUGGAGGAACUGGCUGUGUUGGACUUGUUGGAGUGCCCCCAGUGAUUGGAGCGCCUGGACGUUUCAGCCAAGGUCCUGCCCAGCCAACACACCUUCUGGAAGCCCAGCCUGCAGCACCAGGAGACCUCCAGGCCCGGGUCCAAGAUCGAGCUCCGCUGCCCGGAGUGUCGUACCCCGGUCCAGGCCAGGUCGGUGGAGGAGCUGCCCCCUAACCUCCUUCUGGUUCGGCUCCUGAAGGGGCUCAAGCAGGGGCCCAUGGGGCCAGUACGGGAAUGGAACAGACCUUCUGCCCGAUAUAUGAUAUCCUCUGCCGGGGAGAAUGGUUUACCCAGGGGCAGGGAGGCCCAGCAGCAGCAUCAGAAACAACAACAGAACCCACAGUCUGAUCAGCAGCACAGAGAGAGGCAGCCUGGACAGAAUGAGGUGAGUAGCCUGUGGUGCUGGGUGUUAUUAUGGAUCUCUAUGACUAGUGCAGAAUGACAGCACCAACAGCACCAACUGGCAUUCUGUUACCAAACUUUGCAUCUGCACUGUUCUUCAAGCAAAUGUGUUUUUGUAAAAUGUUCUGUGGACAUUAAUACAAGUUGUCCUUGUGCAUAGAGUUGUAUGGUUUGUUUAACUUUGCAAUCAUUGGUUUUUGUUUGAGAUACGUUUUAAAGUGAAAAAUAGUGCCCGUAUAGUGCUCCUACAGUGGUUUGAUCCAUGCCGGGAUAGUGCUCCUACAGUGGUUUGAUCCAUGCCGGGAUAGUGCUCCUACAGUGGUUUGAUCCAUGCUGGGAUAGUGCUCCUACAGUGGUUUGAUCCAUGCUGGGAUAGUGCUCCUACAGUGGUUUGAUCCAUGCUGGGAUAGUGCUCCUACAGUGGUUUGAUCCAUGCUGGGAUAGUGCUCCUACAGUGGUUUGAUCCAUGCUGGGAUAGUGCUCCUACAGUGGUUUGAUCCAUGCUGGGAUAGUGCUCCUACAGUGGUUUGAUCCAUGCUGGGAUAGUGCUCCUACAGUGGUUUGAUCCAUGCUGGGAUAGUGCUCCUACAGUGAUUUUAUUUCUGAUUUUAUUUAUGUGGUAAAGAGUCCAAGUAUCUGUAUCAGAUACACAUAUAUUAUUAAUUCAUUUGAUCUAUUGUCUGGCUUGUCCAACAUGAAAUGUAGCACUGCAACAUGUCCACUACUUUUAGGGUAGCUUGAGUACAGUACAAUCUAUUGCAUUACAUUAUAGUAGGAGGCUCUUAUCUGAGGAGGUCAAUAGAAAUCACAGUCAAGCUAAGUUUACUGAUGGGUAUCAUAACUGUUGGAAUGCUUAUUCUUUCACCACUUUGUUGUGUACACCGCAUGCUUAGUUGGAGGAGAUCAGUACUGCUAUUCUGAGACUCUUUUGUGAAUACAGGUCCUGACUCCCGGUCCUAGUUUGUCAGUCUAGUCUGAGGCCCAAAUGGCCCCCUAUAUUGUACAGUACUUUUGGGCCCUGUGCUAGACUAGCGUCCUGUCCAGGGGGUGUACGUCAAGCUGCCUCACGCUACAGAAACAGGAGUUAGGCUCCUGCUCCUAUGAGCCAUUCUGUCUCUCACAAGCCAAGGCUACUUACUUACUUUUGACCAGAACCCUAUGGGGUAGUAGUGCACUAUAUAGGGAAUAGGGUGCCAUUUGGGAGGAAGACUAGAUCUAGGUAAGAGACUCAGUCCUGUGUUACACCAGAGGGAGAAGACAAGGUGAUUGUCUUGGCAACGAGACACAGUUUACGUCUGUGUUAUGAUGAUUUGUGAUACAAGAUUCAUUCAUGUAUGUGCAACUCAUAAGCUGUAUGUGGACAGGACAAGGACACACCAUGUGUUAGUGGUGUCACGAGUGAGGAAUAGAAGGUCAGUGUGCCAUGAUAGAUUGUGGGCCACUGGUGCUAAUCUUAGGAUGGGUGCGUGAGGGAAUGGCCUGGCUAGGGUGCCACACGACACCAAGGAGGUGAAUGAUAUAGUGGUAGAUGAGUGACAAUCAGUAAUGUCCAACAAGACUCUACAGAACAUCAGUAAUGUCCAACAAGACUCUACAGAACAUCAGUAAUAUCCAACAAGACUCUACAGAACAUCAGUAAUGUCCAACAAGACUCUACAGAACAUCAGUAAUGUCCAACAAGACUCUACAGAACAUCAGUAAUGUCCAACAAGACUCUACAGAACAUCAGUAAUGUCCAACAAGACUCUACAGAACAUCAGUAAUGUCCAACAAGACUCUACAGAACAUCAGUAAUGUCCAACAAGACUCUACAGAACAUCAGUAAUGUCCAACAAGACUCCACAGAACAUCAGUAAUGUCCAACAAGACUCCACAGAACAUCAGGGCUAAUCAGUUACAUUACAGUCCUCGAUGGCCACACACAGCACUGCUGGUUUUCUUUAUUCCUCUGUAGUUAAUAGACCAAUGAUUGUCAUUGAUUGGCCAGAGAGUUCAAACACCUCACUGUCCCAGAUUCAGACCCUGAUAGAAAUAAUACAUUCAGCUGUGCUGUGGCCCUCUAGCUAAGAACAGAAUAGACCUGCUCUGCAUUCACUGUACUUGGCAAAUAUACAGUAACAUAAGCUCUGUAUUUUCCCAUCCUGUGUCCAGGUCAUUGCCAGAGCCCUGUACAACCACAGAGGGAACGUCCCAGGAGUGAUUGACAUGGCGUCUGGUGACAUCAUCGUUCUGACACAGAAGGUGGAUGAGAACUGGUAUUAUGGAGACACGAACAGCAGUAGUGGGCUGGUCGCUGCUAACAUGAUACAGAUUAUCCACCAGCAGCAUCAGACUCCACCACAGUCUCCAUCCCAAUCUCAAUCUCAGUCCCAACCCAAAACCCAACAGCAGGCUGAAUCCCAACCCAAAUCCCAACAGCAGGCUGAAUCCCAACCCAAAUCCCAACAGCAGGCUGAAUCCCAACCCAUAUCCCAACAGCAGGCUGAAUCCCAACCCAAAUCCCAACAGCAGGCUGAAUCCCAACCCAAAUCCCAAUUCCAAAAA